UCAUCAAACCGAACGCGGGGCACGCAACCAAUCGGCAGAAAAGCACACAUAGUGUAAGCGCGCGCGCGCGUAUAAUCUCGAGAGUGAACGCGCCCAAACGCGGUUGUUGUUGCGCCAGAGUACAGAGAUCGAGCGCGCGCGCGUCGCGAGACUCUUCCGGCAGCUUCCCGCUCUGUGUCGAUGGCGCGGUACCCGAUCGACCCGAUCAGCUGCCGAUCAGCUGGUGGCUCGGCUAGUGGCUCUGUGUGGAGCCAAGUCCAGCGGAGUGUGUUGGUAGAAGCAGAACACUCAAUCCCUCUCUCACUUUCUAGAUUCUAAAGUGCAAAAGUGUCCAAAUUUCACCGUGCGCGCGAGCGUGCGUUUCUGUGUGCAAGUGUGCCCAGUGCGUGUGACACAAACUAACGAUAGUGAUAGUGUGGCGCCCAACUCUAUACUCUCACCAGUGUUGAUUGCUUUUUGGUGUUUGAAACAAUCCCAACAAAAAAAAAAAAGUGUCACAACUCUCCAAUCCGAACAUCGAAAAAACACAGCAGCAGCAGCGAUGGCGACGCUGCUGUACACGAUCAUCGGCAUGACGGCUUCGGCCUCGCUGAACUGUGCGGUGCGGCGCGAAAUAUCGCCCUGCACCUGCUCGCCCGGGCUGUUCGCGAACAACAUCGACGUGAAGUGCGAGCAGAUGGAGUCGUUCGGGCAGGUAGUGAACGCGCUGCAGGACCGCUUCACCGAGGAUCACAACAUCUGGCUGACGAUUUCGCACUCGCAGCUGCUCGAUCUGGCCGCGCUUUCGUUCUGGGAGAUGAACAUGAACAUCAAAUCGCUGCGGAUAAACUUUGACAAUCUGAGUCAUCUUCCGGUGUCUUCGUUCCGCAACUUACCCCGGCUCGAUCUGUUCAGCGCGGCGGACAACCUGCUCGAGGAGAUACCGCCGGACAUGUUCGAGCAGAUGCCGAACCUCGGCACACUGGAUAUGGCCCGCAGCCGCAUCCGCUACAUCUCCGGCGACACGUUCCGGCAUCUGCAGAACCUGCGCCACCUGAUCAUGGGCAACAAUCAGCUGCAGCGCAUCGAUACGGACGCACUGCCGAAAACGAUCCACUCGCUGCAGCUCAGCGUGAACCAGCUGCGCUCACUGAACGGCAGCAUCCGGCAUCUGGACGAGCUGAAGCUGCUGUUCAUCAACGAGAACAAUCUGACCACGCUGGACGGUGAGCUGCCGCUCGGGUCGCCGAAUCUGAUGAUGAUCACCGCGCAGAACAAUCAGCUCGAGCAGCUGCCGGGCGAGUUGCGCUUUCUGAAGAAUCUCGACAACCUGUGCGUCCCCGGCAAUCGGCUCCGGUCGCUCGAUGGACUGCUGGCCCGCGCCACCCAUCUGACGAAGCUGCUCGCCCAGGACAACCAGAUCAGUGAGCUGCGGCGGGACGAGUUUCUCGAAGCGGAACGGCUGGAGGAGUUGAACCUGGCGGGCAAUUGGCUGGUCAACCUGAACGGCUCGCUGCUCAACUGCAAGGGGCUGAUCAAUGCGAACUUUAGCGAGAAUCGGCUGCAGGAGUUUUCGCUCCAGGAGGUGGCCGGUUUGCGCAAGCUGCGGCUGCUGGACCUGUCCCACAACCGGAUCGAGGUGCUGAGCGGCCGGAUGGAGAACAUGAUCGAUUCGGGGCUGAUCAUUUCCGAGCUGCGGCUGAACAACAACCGGCUCAGGUCGCUGGACGGCGCACUGAUGGGGCUGAACAAUCUGCGCAUCCUGAACGUGGCCCACAACGAGCUGCAGACGAUCACGCCGAACGAUCUGAUCGGGAUGGAGGAGCUGGAGCGGCUGGAUCUGUCAUUCAAUCAGCUCAAGACACUGGAGGAACUGUCCAAGACGUUCCUGCCCUCGCUGGAGUCACUGAAUGCGUCCUACAACCAGCUGACGACGAUGCACAAGGACUUCCACGGUUUGCCGAUCCUGUGCGUGGCCGACCUUUCGAAGAACAUGAUCCGGGAGUUGUCGGUGGAUCUUGUCUCCAACACGCGCUGCAGCAAUCAUGGAGUGCCCAAUCGAUUGGAGAUCUUCCUCGAUGAAAAUCCCGUCCUCUGCAAUGAAUCGCUCCCGGAGCUGAUCAACCAGAUGGAGUUCUACCACACCCGCCUGAACGGGGUGGCCCACUGUAUCGUCCCGCAGCAGAUGCCGGUCGAGACGCCGAUCUUUAUCCAGCCGCCGAUCGCGAUGCUCCAGCCACUCCUCAAACCGCAGGCCCCGCUCGUACCCUCAAACGUCAUGAUUCAGCCACCAUCGAUUGUGCAGAUUCUCGUCCCGUCCACGCUUGUCAUGCCGGCGGCAGCCGCAGUUGCACCACCGCCACCACCACCAGCAGCCGCGGUACCGGUAGUACCUUCCGCUUCUGUCCCGCUUGCAGCUCCGAUUCUUCCUCCAGGCGUUCCUCUAGCCCUCGCUACCGUCGCACCCAUACCGAUCCUGUACGAAGCUUCGACCAGUGCACCACCACCACCACCACCCGUGCCAGUGUCCGUUGUGGCGGCUCAUCCACCGAUCGGUUCCGCUGGUGUAGUUAGCGUGGCAGCGUCCCCUUCCACCAACGGCCCGUUAUCAUCGCUCCCAAACACCAUCCAGAAGACGCACGCUACCGACGACGAGCUGCUACCCCCCAACGAGGACGAACUAGACGACGAACCGGGCGUGAGUGUGCUCACCAUCCCGCAGCAGCAACCGUACGAUGAGCUCAAGUACGAAACUGGCCCGGAACAGCACGAUCGGGCCGGCGGAGCGACACAAAAUCGCGACGAAAACAAUGAUGUCGGACGUUCGGCAGCGGGCGGAUCCGAGCAUGGCAGCGCGUCGGACGGUGGACACGACGGAUUGCCCACUGUGCCGACUACCACCACCACCACCAUGCAGACCAUCCUGGAGUUUAAGAACCUGAUCCACGACGACGGCAGCUACGGCGGGGCGGGAUUGGCUUCCUCGUCCGCCAUCUUGGUGCUGCCGCCGGAGGUGCUGCCGCUGCCGCUGGACAAAGCGCAAGGGCUGGCGACGGAACCGGAGGAGGAGCCGCCGGAAACGCAGCAAGACCAACACGUGGAGCUGGAAAGUGAUUUGCAGUGAGGUGGAGGGGAUUGGACGGGAGGCACGAGUGCGGCAGAGCACACGCAAAUGGAGCACGUGUUGCGAGCGCGUGCUUUACUGUGAGGAAGAUGGCGCGCUGCGCGUCCAAAAUGGCGACGAUCAUUCGAUCAGUGGCGGCGCGAGAGCGAGAUAGAGAGAGAGAUAGAAGGAGAGUAUGUGGUAGUUUUGGAGUGUGCGUUUGAGUGUGUGUGAGUGUUUUAGGGCUAUUUAGGGCCAGGGCUGUUUAGCUUAGGAUGAUAAUGACUGAACGAUUUCUGGAGGUAGAGAGAGCGAGAGAGAGAGAGAGAGAGAAACAGAGUUAUACUAGAGAUCGAACACGAUCUUGAGAUGGACACGAACACUUGACAGUAACGACAUGACGAUAGAGGGAGAAAGAGAGAGCGAGAGAGAUUUUGCAAAGAGUUCGUUUUUUAUCUCUCCUAAUUUUUGUUUGUUGCGCAUUGUAGAUGAUGAAGGCAGUUUUAAAUUAUUCAGAUGCCGUUCUUCACGACCCAAAGGAAUUCUUGUGUAGUAAAAUGUGUGAGUGUGUGUGCAUGCGUGAGUGUGAUGGUGAUUGUGUCUGUGUGUGAGUGAAUGUGUGGUAUGUACGGAAUUAGUCAGUAUCGUGUGGCGGAGAGUAACGAACUAUAAUGUAGCAGCUUAAGUAAUACGACACUCGAAUUUGUCCUCUGCGUGUGUGUGUGUGUGUGGGUGUGAGUGUGUGUAAGCGUAUUAUCCCUUUCAAAACAAAACUAGCGAAGAAGCAGCGGCGACCGAUUCGGUGACAUUUGACCUGUGCGUGGAAUCGCAUUCUGUUUCGAAUGAGCGAAUAUGUUGUUAACGUGCCAUCUGAUUGCAUACAGAUUUAAGCCAAACUGUUCUAAUGAGUAGGAGUAAUUCAAUUAUAUUCCUCUUUUCACGCUAACUUUCAUUUUUGCAUCCCAUUCAGUUGGCAUGACUUAAAAAUUGAGCUUGCUUCGGUUAGAGGACCGACAGUGGUGUUAGGGAAAUACGAUCUUUUUUUUUUUCUUUUUUUUAGCUUGUUUUAGCUACUUCCUAUGGCAAAAAGUAGUGAAGGAUAAAGCCAGUAAAAAAGGAAAAGAAAAGGAAAACAAAAAUAGUAUAUAUUAAACAUGCAUAUUUUGCUGGAAACGCAAGAGAUAAACACGCAACAAUAAUGAGCAGAGAACGCACAAGCUCUCCUUUUGAAAAAUCACAGUAGAGAUGAACAAUUUACUACAGCCCCAGUUUGAGCAAAUUGACACUAAUAAUCUUCUUCCUUUUUUUUUGUAAUGUUAAUGAUAUUUCUACUAGCGACUAGUGAGAGGAUAUUAAUGACUUUAAUAUAAUAAUAAUAAUGAUUACUACUAUUAUUAUCGAUAGCACACGCAGACACACGCAUACGUAGUACUGUGAAAGGGAAAAAGUUAGGAGAGGAGUUGGCAAAGCAAAAAAAAGGGAGGGCAAACCCGACCCAACACACGAUCAUAACAACAAAUUUGAGGAAGAGAAGGUCACCCAGUAGGCGGACAGGUGAAGCAUGCAUUAGGCAAGAGAGCUGGGCUGCUAUUAUCAGAGAGUUGUAAUUAUUUUGUACGAUGAUUUAGGUGCAUUUUGGAGCAAUCACACACACACACUCUGCUUCCCUCCGAAACGCAAAAAAACGAAACGGGGCUACUCUUCCAGCAGACGACCUAGUAUUGACAGAACGCAUAUGUGCAUUUCAAAGCGACGGCUAAUAACGGCCAAGACACCGUGUGUGUGUGUGUGUGUGGUGGCGCACAAACGUGCGUGCAACGUGGUUUCGCGAUGUAUUGCUUCUACAGUUAAAAGUGAAUUUAAUUGCAAAUAAAAGUUAAGGAAAUCAAA